AUGAAGACUUCUACCCUCGCCCUUGCCUCCCUCACACCCUCGGCAUGCCUCGCCGGCAUCGGCCACUCGUGGUCCUUUUCCGGCUCGCCCUCUGGCGGCAUGAAGGACGUCACCUUUGGCUUUGACGUCUCCAACGCUGCCCACCAGGUCGGCUACUACUUCGCCAACCAGUUCAACUUCCAAAACGUUGAUGAUGUCGGCUACACCGGCAUCCAGCCGCAGGCCGACUCCUCCAGCGGCCAGGCGUCCAUCCGCGCCGUCUUCUCCUCCUUCCAGAACGGCACCACCUCGUCGCACCCCAACUGCAGCGACGGCGCCGACGGCGGCGCCGGCGUCAGCUGCGCCGUCAUCAUCAACGUCGACGAUUUCAAAGGCCGCUUCGACUGCAUCAUCGAGAACAUCGGUGACACCAAGUGGCGCGGCACCGUGCGCAACGCCGCGACGGGCCAGUCGGCGGUCAUUGGCGAGUAUGUCCAGCCCGAGGGCGCCGGCGGCAUCCAGGAUAACCAGGUCGGCUUCCUCGAGUACUUCCUCGCCAACGGAGACCCCGACUUCCAGUGCCACGACCAGUUCAAGACGGAGGUGUCGUACUACUUCCCGACCUCCGAGACGUCCGGCGCCGGCACCGGUUCGAUCCCGAAGCCGUACGAGUAUGGCAGCUGCGUGGGGGACCAAGGAUUUGCCGUCACUUCUGGUUCCAACUACUGGACCAUUGACACUGGUUUCUAG